CCCAUCAUCGCUGGAUUCACAUCUGCCGGCUUGAGCUGCAAGUCUGUUCGACGAGCCACUUCCUGCAGGCACCUCAAAAUGAGAGAAUCACAGUACGGAAUGCCUCCCAGACAAAUCCCUCCGCACCCUGCUAUCCUUGAGGAUCAUCUUGCAGCCCAGCAUGCGGAGAUUCAACGAUUUCUGCUUGAUAAUCAGAGGUUUUCUGCAACUCAUGUAGCACUCAAAGAGGAAUUAGAAGUUACACAAUUUGACCUUCACCGCACCGAUCAAUAUGCCCGCGCCUUGUACGACGAAACCGGAAUGCAGAUAAGAGAACUUCAUGAAAAGUCCGCAAAGAUGGAAAUGGAUCUGCAAGCUGUUGAAGUUAUGAGGGUUGAGCUUAUGCGAGUUCGUGCUGAUAUUAAAGGGUUAAAUGGUGAAAAACAAGCUCUUACAACUGAGAUACAGGGGAUGACGCAGGAUCUGACUAGGAUGAAUGAAGAUUUGCAAAAAACUCCAGCUAUAAAAGCAGAAAUUGAAAAUCUUAGACAGGAAUUGCAGCGAUCAAGAGCUGCCAUUGAGAAUGAGAAGAAGGGAUAUGCGGCAAACUAUGAACAUGGUCAACUUAUGCAGAAGAACUUCCUCUCAAUGUCUCGAGAACUGGAAAAGCUACGUGCUGAGAUGGCAAAUGCAGAAAAGAAAGCUCGCGCUGCAGCAGCUGCUGCUGCUGCAAAUCAAGCAGCAGCAGCAGGUUAUGGUACAAACUAUGCUAAUCCAGAGACCUCGGGCUAUGCUGGAAAUUAUUAUCCUGCUGCUUAUGGCAUGAACCCUGUAAAUCCCGUGCAUUCUGCAAAUGGGCUGCCGCAAGCUGGAGCUGGAGCUGAAGGUUAUUCUCAAUAUGGACCUGGACCAACUGCCUGGGGUGCUUAUAAUAUGCCACAAGCUCAAGGACACAGAUAAACUAGUUCAACCUUGGUUGCAAAACUGUUUUUAUAUACUGUGUUCUUGUAUGUACAUCACACUGGAACACAUAAUUUGGGUGCUAGAAACUUGUGAAGUUUAUAUUUCGGGGUACACUUUAUGUUGUUCUUUGGUAGUAUUUAAUGCUUGUUCCGUGCAUAAUAAUGGCAAUUAGUUCCUAUUUUUAUAG